AUGCAUGAAUUCGCCCUCUAUGGUCAGGUCAGCAAAGAUGCUCAUCACCAAGUCCUCCAACAGCUAGCUGGCUAUACACGCAUGCAGCCACAGAAAGUUGUGGAGGUCCACUUGAUCUUCAAAGCUCGUUCACCACCGGGGCUGGAUAAUAUCCCUUCGGCCGGUGGAUCACAAGGCAUUAUGCAACCAGAGGUUCAGAAGAUCAGAGCGAUGCUCAAUGGGAGCCUGUACUAUGUUCAAUUGGUUGGUGAAGUAGCUUUGGGCGAUACCAAGAAUCAGCUCGAUGGCGACGUGACCAUGACAACUAAUGGGAGUGGUGAUCCCUCCGUCAGCCAAACGAAAAUCAAAUGGACAUUCGAGUUCAAGGACACCCCGGAAGCCGGCAAGCAGGCGGUUAGUACCAGGCUAAUUCACAAGGUACCAUUAGAAGACGGAGAUUUUGUCCAGUUUUUGAAUGCCUUUGGCUAUGACUACGUCUCUCGAUAUUUGGUAGUGGGCUGGAACUUCUACGAUCAAGACACUACUCUUUCUGUUCACAAAGUAGUCCUGCUUCCUCAAGCUGUUGCAGAGAGUGCUAUGAACGACACAACCUUUCUCUCGGAUAUUUCCAAGCUCAAAGAUCUUGAUCAGUCUGGUGGGUAUAUUAUGCAGACAACGGUUGAAGUGGUUGAUGGUAACGCCCCUGAACUCAAAGAGAAGGGCACCAGACAGUUACUGGCACACAAAGAAGCAUUGAAACAGGCAGUAGACUUGACUCCAGGUGAUAGAUUGGCCUUGGAUACUCGUGUGCCCGUUACAGGGCGUAGAUAG